GUAGAUGCCACAGGGUGAAGACCAGGUUCUGAGCUGAGGAUCUGUUGAACAGCACUCAAGGACUUUAAAGACUUCCAAGACAGCUUCAGUCGGGUGCUUUACUCUGCCUGUCUUUGUGUAAUGAAAGCAGAUGGCCCUGAGUGUGGCAGACAGAGCCAUUGGGGCCAUUAUCGGGGCAGCAGUGGCAGAUGCAGCAGCCCAGCCCAUGCACUGGAUCUACAAUCCAGACAGGCUCAGAGAGGUUCUGUCCGAACUGGAGCCCUGUCCGGAGUUCAGGCCUCAGUCAGCGAAUCCUUUCUACCGCAGGACAACAGGCGAGCAGACCUGCUAUGGAGACCAGGCGUACGUCCUGCUGGAGUCCCUGAGUCAGAGUGGAGAUGUCGAUGUGGACGACCUGACCCAGCGUAUCUAUAAGUUCUUUGGCCCUGGAACAGUGUACGACCUGCCCCUCAACGAUCCUUACAGGAAGAAAGGAGGGCCCAAAGCCACCCUCCCCAUAGACGGCCCGUGGAGGAACGGCAGUCUGAAAGCUUUCAUCAGAAAUGUGGACGCAGGCAAAGAAGAAACCGGCUGUGAAGCGGACUGUCAGAUGGACGGGGUCACUAAGCUGGCUCCAGUGGUGGCCAUGUUCGCUGGGCGGCCUGAGAUGCUGGAGAAAGUGGAAAAAGCCAUGCGGGUCACCCAGAACAAUGACAUGUGUGUGGCUGUGACACUGGCUGCAGCGAGGUUUCUGGAGCAUUUCAUUCUGAACGGUCCAGAUCCCAACGCUCUGGAUGCAGUUCUGUCUCAGCUGAAUGACCCAAAGAGACAGAACCCUCAGGAGCUGGACCGGGCCGUUACUGCACAUAUCCACCAGGUGAAGGACAACCUGGGCAAGACGUCCCAGCAGCUCAUCCCUGCUGUGUUCACAAACACAUGAGCUUUGCCUGGUGCCUUCCAGGGAGCGCUUCAUGGAGUCCUGACGCUGAACCAGAUGGAUGAAGCCGUCAGGGACACCAUGCGCUGCGGGGGAUGCACCGCCAGCCGAGCCUCCUUCAUUGGGGCCUGUUUUGGGGCACAGACCGGUCUCCAGGGAAUCCCGGAGUCCUGGAGGAAGAGGACGUUCAGAUAUCCUCUGCUGCUGGAGCUAGCUGGAAACGUGGUCAGAAAACAUCAACAGAUGUAGUUUAGCUUUGAUUUGAAUCUGAUCAGGUAUUUACGGAGUGCUGAUAAUUGCCUUUAAAGCUAUUUUAAAAGACCUUCUCAUGUUGCAGGUGUGCAGUACUUUGACAUGACAAUCCAUGACAGUCUCAUUUUAAAGUCUUGUACAGAAUGAAACUCGAAUCUGUUUGUUCGAUCAAAGCUGCAUCAGGCAAGAAAGUGAAAGUCUGUGCAAAGUACUCAUGUUGUGUGGAGAACAUGGAACAUAUUUAUCCUCAGCAGCUGCACUGUGAGCAAAGAAAUAAAGAGUUGUAUGUCUCCAACAUAUCUGUUCUGUUCCGUUAUUUUAGUUAGUAGAUUCUUUAUCUUAAGGAGACAAGCUUUGCCUUGGUGAGCAAGUCAUUUUUCUGAAGUCAGGCUUCAGCAGGUUUCGGUCUCGUCUUUCCCUUGAGUACUUGCUGUUAUUGUGAAGUGAAAGAGCAGAUACAGAUGCACUUCUGGAACAACCAGAAAGUGCAACAUAUUCCUUCCUCAAAGUUCCUCAAAGGAACUGUUCUGCCUUCUGAAAAGUGCUGACUUCCACAUUCACGUGUUUCAAGCACUCGCC